UAAAUAGUUUAUCAAUGGUUCCAUAUUCAUUAGUGAAGUAAUAAUAUACUGACCAACAUGUGGGGCUCAGUAAUUUUAAUAAUUUGCGUUUUUUUAAUGACGACCCAGGCUGCUCCUACCAUAAGUGAUCCAUACGCAGAAGACAUGAAAAACAGAAACCAAAUAGCAUUAGAGUGUAUAAAUCAAGUAAACAUCGACAUUACAAUAGUAAGGAAUGCCGUUUCUAAUCCAGAUAAGAUACCAACAGAUGACAAAUAUAAGAAAUUUUUGGCAUGCAGCUAUAAAAAGCAGAAGUUCCAAUCUGAAAAUGGCGAAAUGUUGUAUGGCAAUAUCAAUGAUUUCUUGGCACGAUUUUAUACUAGGGAUCAACUGAAAAUAUUAAAUCAGUGCAAAAGUAUUACAGCUCAGAAUGAUGCAGAGAUGGCUUACGCUUCAUUACAGUGUAUAUUAAAAUGCCUUCAUGACAUUGAAGAAACGGAGAGAUAAAAACAUUGUUUUUAAAUAAACACAGAACUGUA